AUGCCGUCAAGAUUCAACCUUCGACAAAGGGUCUUCGACCUCAUUUUCAAGGCUCAGCACAAUGAACUUAAGGAGGUGUUGGCCAUGACCCAAGACUUCCUUGAUGGUCGCCUGACUCAAGACGAACUUAGAGAAAAGUAUGGUGGCUCACGAAAGAAGACUCAGAAGCUUCCAACCCUCACCGUCGGUGACCUUGAUACUAAGCAAGUCGAGGAGAUACUUCAUCUAAAAGCAACACAAGAAGACGAUGAGCUUGCGCAUGUCCCUUCUAUUCUGACCCCGACCGAGCUUAAGAGUGUCCUAACGAAAGUUGAUGCCGCUCGUUCCAAAAGUCCACUUAAUGAAGCCAGCAUUCGUUGGACGCUUGAUUUACUGCUUGUCUACGCCCAUGACAUCGCCACCUUCCGCCAGCCCAAAGUCGGACAAAAUAUUGGCAUACAGACAGAAAGACACUGGGUGUUUGAACCGGUCAAAUACGAUAAGAAGAAGUUUACGCUCGUCGGCAGACCAGACUAUGCAGUCUGGUAUGGUAAUGUCAACGACACAGCAGUAAAAGUCGUCGUUGUCGAAGCAAAGUCUCAAAACUCUGCUAGCAAAGGAAUUCCCCAAUGCCUUGCCUACAUGGGCACGGUCCACCGACUCAGACGACGGGAGAAGAAAAAGAACUGCACAGUGUACGGCGUGACGGCGGACGCGCAAUUUUUCUUCUUUCUCAAAAUUGACGAAAAGUCAAGGUGGUCCGCGGUUUCGGUUGGAGCUGUUGCUGGCAAGUUUGACCACGUUCUUGGCAUGCUUGUCUAUCUUCUGCGGAAGGCGAGGGAGGCAUCCCCCACACACUCAAAGGAGUCCUCCGCCCAGUCACAUGCCAAGGAAGGACCCGGGGGUUCGCUGUAUGCAAGUGAGGAUUACACAAUGGGUAAUACGUAA